GCAAUCAGAGUUUCUGAUUGAGUUUCUAAACAUCAUGCCCUGCCUCGGCGUGAUAUAAAAGAUCCUGAACAGGAAGUAGAGGUGAUACUGGACUCUGCAAAGCAUGGCGACAGCAGUGGACCAUAUGAACGAUCGGGUCUCGUUCACUCAGAAUAACCCGCUGUUUGACAUGUCGCUCAGCAGGACUGAUCUCUACAGCUCCCAGCCUGAUGAUCUGAAGCCGGCGAGGCCCAGGAGACCGUGGUGCUUUUAUUUCAUUGUUGUUUACCUCAUCCUACAGACCGGCCUCAAUGCGUUUCUCAUUUAUAAAGUUUUCAAGUUGGAGUCCUUGCUGUCGAACCCUCAGUCACAAAAGCAAACAUCCAAUUUGAUCACUCCAGAUGGGAAACUGAGUGACGACAACUUUGAGAUUCUUCUGCGAAACAACAGCCAAGAAACAAAGAACCUGAAGGGCAACCUGACAGUCCUGCAGAGCAAGGUGAACGGCCUGUGUGGGGAAGAAGGUCAGCUGCACCGGCUGACGUCUGACGUGAACCUGCUCAACAGCAGCACCAGCAGGCUGGAGGGAAAACUGAGCAGCAUCAGCCUCAGACCAGGUCCUCCUGGUCCAGCUGGGCGUGCAGGUGAGCCAGGAGAGAAAGGUCCUAAAGGUGACAGCGGUGAUACCGGAGCAAAGGGGCUCAUGGGCAUCAAAGGAGAGAAAGGAGUUGCUGGCCCACCUGGACCCGCUGGACCGAUUGGACAACCAGGUGAUCAAGGACCAGGUGCAAAGGGAGAGAAGGGAGACCCUGGGAUCCAAGGAUUGAAAGGUGACAAGGGGGACAGCGGUGCUGCAGGAAUACCGGGUUUACCUGGGAUGAAGGGAGACCGAGGGAAUGUUGGUCAACAAGGAUCUCCAGGUCUGAUUGGACCUUCUGGUUUCAACGGCACUGAGGGUCCUGCUGGACCUCCGGGACCUCCAGGUCAUGAUGGACACAGAGAGUUGAAUGUGCGUCUCGUGCCCGGGAAGAACCGUGGACGCGUGGAGGUGAAGUACAACAGUGUGUGGGGCACCGUGUGUGACGAUAACUUUGACCUCGUGGACGCCAUAGUGGUCUGUAAGAUGCUGGGAUUUCAACGUGCCUCUAAUUUCUUUACAGCCAGCCCAGGCACCGGGAGGAUCUGGUUGGAUGACAUGCACUGUGCGGGGACAGAGGGAGAUAUCUUUGACUGCCCUCACCCUGGAGUUGGUGUGAACAACUGUCAGCACUCUGAGGACGUCGGAGUAAGCUGUGUUUAACCUGACUCUGAGCUGAGUCUGUUCAGAUUGAUUGGAAUGCCGGGAGAAAAAGACUGUCUCAUGUUCAUGUCGCACCGUGGAGAGGAGAGACAAAUCAUACUCACAGCUGGAUCUUAGGACGAGGACAAAAAGUUCAUUUAUUGCUUCAUACAUUAGUUUAAAUACUAACAGAAUCAUGCUGAUAACGUACCAAAGCUACUGUUUCUAAAUUCUGAUUAUGUGGGCUUCCUUCAAACACCUCUGCACAGAGACAGGCUGCAGCCUCACCGGGUCAGGCGACAUGCUCUACCUACCCCUACGCCCCCCCAUGCCAAAAAAACACAAGGGUCAGAUGAUGCUCCUUCAACCUGAUGAGGAUUGUUUGUAAGAGACAGCUGUCCCUCUGUUUCCCUCUUCUUUUACUUUAACUUCCUGCUGUGAAAAACUUAAACCAGCAGUGUGUACGAUUCAAAGCCUCCUAGUGGUGAGGUUGGAGAUUGUAACGAACUAUUACCACUCUCAGCAACCUCCCCCUUAUAAACAUAAUCAUGUGUUGUACAGUCCUGAACACUGACUCAAACUCUGUUCUCUGCACACAAACAAUUAAAGAAUAAACUUCAUCUGUAUUCUGAUCA